AUGCAAUCGAGUGGCAGGCCACACGCCACCCAGCUGUACCAGCCUGUGCCCGAGGCGCGCUGGCCCAUCGUGUACUCGCCGCGCUACAACAUAACCUUCCUGGGCUUGGAGAAGCUGCAUCCCUUUGACGCGGGAAAAUGGGGCAAGGUGAUCAGCUUCCUGAAAGAAGAGAAGCUUCUGUCAGACGGCAUGCUGGUAGAGGCACGGGAAGCCUCAGAUGAGGACCUGCUGGUGGUGCACACGAGACGCUAUCUCAACGAGCUGAAGUGGUCCUUUGCUGUCGCUACCAUCACAGAAAUCCCCCCUGUCAUCUUUCUCCCCAACUUCCUUGUGCAGAGGAAGGUGCUGAAGCCCCUUCGGACCCAGACAGGAGGAACCAUAAUGGCGGGGAAACUGGCAGUGGAACGAGGCUGGGCCAUCAAUGUGGGUGGCGGCUUCCAUCACUGCUCCAGCGACCGGGGCGGGGGCUUCUGCGCCUAUGCGGACAUCACGCUCGCCAUCAAGUUUCUGUUUGAGCGAGUGGAGGGCAUCUCCAGGGCCACCAUUGUUGAUCUCGAUGCCCAUCAGGGCAAUGGGCAUGAGCGGGACUUCAUGGACGACCAGCGUGUGUACAUCAUGGACGUCUACAACCGCCACAUCUACCCUGGGGACCGCUUUGCCAAGCAGGCCAUCAGGCGGAAGGUGGAGCUGGAGUGGGGCACAGAGGAUGACGAAUACCUGGAUAAGGUGGAGAGGAACCUCAAGAAAGCCCUUCAGGAGCAUCCUGCCGAUGUGGUGGUGUACAAUGCCGGCACAGACAUCCUUGAGGGGGACCGCCUCGGGGGACUGUCCAUCAGCCCACAGGGCAUCGUGAAGCGGGAUGAGCUGGUGUUCCGGGUGGCCCGGGCCUGCCAGGUGCCCAUCCUCAUGGUGACCUCGGGCGGCUACCAGAAGCGCACGGCCCGAAUCAUCGCUGACUCCAUCCUUAAUUUGUAUGGCCUGGGGCUCAUCGGGCCAGAGUCACCCAGCAUCUCAGGGCAGAGCUCAGACACGCCUCUGCUAGCCCAGGAGCUGCCCUGACCGCACUGCCCUUCUGACGGCUUCCUGCCUGCAUCCCAUCCUGCCCACUCCGCAGUGCUUCUCCUUUUCUAACCACAUGAGGUGGGGGACAGCUGCCAGGGGCCCUGAGGGGCCUGGGGUUUGUCCCUGCCCAGGCCCACCUUAGGGGCCUGGCACGCAGCUCCUCCAGCCUCCCCACUGGGUGUUGGAGGGUCUCCAGGCCCCUAUUUGGUAGGAACAGAAGGCAUUCCCAGGAAGACAGCACAUGGGGUCACAGGUCUGACUGGGCCCUGUGGAAGCAGGCAGCUCACCCAAGGAGAGGGGAAGGCAGGUGAGGCUCUGGGGGCUGCAGGUAGGGCCCCCAGGGGUCAGGGUCUCCCGUUUUCAAAAAUGUCAGACCAAGCAAACUUCCAUCUCUGCAAUGGUUGGGCCUCCCACCUCUUAAGUCAUUCGAUGUGCUUCCGUUCUUGUCUCAGGCAGGGCCUGAAGAGCUGGGGGCAACAAUGUGGGUGGGACUGAGAGCCGGCUACUGAAGCCAGGCCUAGGGGUGAGGGCUGAGUUCCUGGCCAGCAGGCAGGAGCCUUGGUUUUCAAUGUGAGCAGUGGCAGGGAAGGGGGUGCAGGUAGGUUUUCCCAUCUAGCAUUCAUUCCCUCAGUAAUGCAAGGGCUGGACCUGCUCUCUCAGAGCCCCUCAGUGAUGUGUGAAGAGGAGACCUGAGGAGCCCCAUCUCUGCUUCCAUGGGUCCCUCCUGUUCAGGGAGGGGCAGUGGGGAAGAACACUUGGCUCAGCGCCUUGGCACUGGUGGCGUCACGGGGCUGCUGACCCCAGUGGGGAGGGCAGAGGAGGAGGCUGGGGCAAGAAGUCUCAGGGCUGGUGGCCAAGCCAGGCACUGCAGGCACUGAGGCCCCAGGGAGGGACCAGUCACUGGUGAGCCAGGCCCUGGUUUCUGGAGGGAGGGCAAAGGGUCUCCGUCCAGGCCUAUAGUUUGUAAGGGAAGGGGCUGGGGCAGGGCCCUGGGUGGGGCUACAGCCUCCACUGGCUUCACCCAAAUCUCCCUGGGCCCUGAUCACACUGUCCAGGGUCCUGAGUGGGCCCUCACCUUGUCCUCAGCUCUAGUAGGAAGGGGACACCUAGGUCCCCGGGAAGCUGGGCUGGGGGAGAGUCCACUCCUCCAUGCCCGGGUGUGUUCUCAGUGGACAGAGGUGGGGCCGGAGACGCCUCUGAAUCCCAGAGCAGCUCCACUCAUGGGACUGUGCAUUUCCCUAUGGGGCUGCUCUUGCAACCUCCCACUUUCUCCCUCCCACUCCCUCUCUGGAGGGGGUGAGGGGGUGGUAAAAGUUCCAAGAUCACAAACUCAGAAAUGCUGACCUCCUGGACAAGACCUGAGCAUUAACCACGCCCGUGGACCCUCCUCCCCGCCGUCCUCGUUGGUGUCUCGGUGUCUGACUUGAGGUCCCUAACUUCCCUUCUCCGGUGGUCCUGUGACACCUGGGGAAGGCUGCGAUGCCGCUUCUCACUGUAGAGCUGUGUGUAGAGAACCAUAAAGGCUCUUCUUGACUGGCCCUCGUCACUGUGUGUUCUUGAGAUGAAGAAUCCCUCCCUCCUAUGAAUUCAAGGAAAUAAACAUUUUAAAUGCC